CUCACUAAUCUUCUCUCCCAGGCAGUGAGAAUGCCUUGUCCCACUUGAACCACAAGCGGAUUCUGGAUUCUCCCGCUUGGAGUUAAUGGAUGUAACCUGGCAGCAACCAAUCUAUAUGUCUUCUGUAAAUGAUCCUCCAAGGGUUUACCUGUAGCAGUGCUGUCAUGCUCCCAGGAAUAAUCACAAGAUUAAAGAAAAAGUCCCAGUCGGUGGAUAUUAGUGGGCCAGGAUGCAACCCAGUGGCAGCUGAAGCUCCUGCUCUUCAGCCCAGUAAACCUUUGCUCGCCACCAAAACGACUUCUGAGGAGGAACAGAAAAACACCGCCAAUACCCAGAAGCGCAAUCCACGGAGGAGUGAAUUGAAGAGAUAUUACACCAUUGAUAAUAUUGACAAGAUCAGCAGGCCCUGAAAGAAUGAUAAGAAAAGGAAUUGAACUUGACUCCAGAAAGCUAAGGAACUCAUUCUGUCUCUCCAGCAACUAACCUGGUUGAGGACUUGUUUUUAUCUGCCAGGGAGGAGGAGGAAAGGAACUUGAGGUGUGUGGAUGGUGAAGGACCUUGUUAUGAAGGGUGACACAAAGGCAUGUGAGCAGCACUGAUGAUGCUGAGGAUGAAGCAGAUCUGCCUCCAUUGUUUGCCAAGCACAGAGCCAUUUGCAAUCUCUUCACUUCUCAGUGCUCCAGUUUCUGGAAGAUGUCAUUGGCUUGAAUGAAGAUGCACUCAGCUGGCUCAGAUCCAGCCGAGAAAAGGCUGACAAAGCCAUACACGCUGAGAAAAUGUGAGGAUAAAGAAAGUGAUUCUGCUAGGCCUCACAGUGCUAAGACUUAGCUGACUGUGCAGAGCCGUUUGUAUUUCCAAGUUAUCCCGUUGUCUGGCGUGCCUGUGAGGUGCCUCAGUUCUGCAGGAUGUUACCCUGGGUAAUAAGAAGGGGUCUAGCUGGAAUCUGUUGCAUCUGCAGAACAUUGCGUGGAGUUAAUCAGCUGCACUCUUAAGUGAAUUUAUUUUUAGGCAAUUUCAGAUACAGUUUAAGCUAAUGGGUCUGCUGAUUUCUCCCUGGAUACAUGGAAGAACAAAUUUAAACAUUUUUUCAAAUAAGAUACUAAAAGUAUCACCUUACUUAGGUUUUAUCAUGUGCAUGAUUGCCUUGGGCAGCAGUUUUUAUUGUCUCGUUAACUCAGACCAUUGAAGUAUUCAGCUGCUGCUUUCAUGUGGCCUGAAUGAAGGCUCUUAGCAUACCCAUUAAAUUUAGGAACUGUCAUUGCUUAGAGACAAGAUCUAAUAUUGUCUAGAGAUCAAAGCCUUGAUUGAUGGCAGCCAUUAACACCAUCUCACCUAAAAGAUAUCUUCCAUGUCCAGCUAGUCUGACCAACAGAUUCAAUAUCUUUUCAGUUAACCUAUGUGAUCCUGUUUCUGUAUUCACCACUGAAUUGGGAAGAUAGCUGUGCUAUUUCAUUAGCAUCGUGGCUGAUUUAUACCAGGGCUGCCAGCUGGGGCUUCACAAGGAGCACCAGUGUCACUCACUCAGGCCCUGUCCCGUCACUUGCAGCAGGCAGGUGCUGAAGUCUGACUGUGAUGUUCUGCUGUGGAGGAAGGACUGUCUGUAGUAAAAAACAAAACAAAACAAAACAAAAACCUGACUCAAGGAUUCUGCAUGGUUUCUUUCUAGCUUUGCGUAAAUGAGAUAAAAAACCUACGCCAUCAUGGUGGCAGCCUUUCCCACUAGGGCCAAGCCCUCAGCAUCAACAGAACGUUGAUGCACCAGGAACACAUCUGGUCUGGAACUGGGACACGGAGCACAUUGUUGUGCCUGCUCAAGUGAUGGCAAAUAAGUGUAGGGAUUUUGAUACAUUGGCUAAACACAGUCCUGUGAACAGCAAAUAAUAUGCAGCUGUGCCAUCUGUUUUGA